AUGGAGGAUCACCAAUUGAAGAUCCCCAUGAUGUCGUCCUCCUCCCCAAGUGAGUCUUCUGGGAGCGGCGGUAUAGACGACAGCAGAGCAGCCAAGAGUCCGUCCCCGGGCAAAGCUCUGAGCCUGGCUCUGGUCUGCAAAGUGUGCGGAGACACCAGCAGCGGGAAACACUACGGCAUCUACGCAUGCAACGGCUGCAGCGGCUUCUUCAAACGCAGCGUGAGGAGGAGGCUCAUUUACAGGUGCCAGGCCAGUACAGGCAUGUGUCCUGUGGACAAAGCUCACCGCAACCAGUGCCAGGCGUGUCGGCUGAAUAAGUGCCUGCAGGCGGGCAUGAAUAAAGAUGCAGUACAGAACGAGCGGCAGCCCCGCAGCACAGCUCAGGUUCGCCUGGACUCCAUCGACGUGGACCAUGAGAAGGAGCACCUGGCCACCACGCGGGAGCCCACCUCCUCUUUCUCAUCCUCUUCUUCCUCCUCUUCUUCAUCGUCUGUCAUCACGUGGCCUCACAUCACCUCCUCCAUAUCCAUCACCUCCUCUGUGGCCCCUCAGCGCUGCACCAGUCCCCAAAACAACCACCGCUUCAUGGCCAGCCUCAUGACGGCAGAGACCUGCGCCAAGCUGGAGCCCGAAGACGUUGACGAAAACAUCGACGUAACGAGCAACGAGCCGGAGCGAGCGUCCUCGGAGUACCACAUGGCUCUGUACCCGUCCAGCUCGGAGAACGUGUACGAAACCUCGGCCAGGCUGCUCUUCAUGUCGGUGAAGUGGGCCAAGAACCUGCCCGUGUUUUCAAACCUGCCCUUCAGAGACCAGGUGAUCCUGCUGGAGGAGGCGUGGAGCGAGCUCUUCCUGCUCUGUGCCAUCCAGUGGUCUCUGCCUCUGGACAGCUGCCCGCUGCUCUCCCUGCCGGACCUCUGCCCCGGCAUGCAGGGGAAGACCAGCUACAUCGGCCUGGACCUGCGCCUCCUGCAGGAGGUCUUCAGCCGCUUCAAGGCCCUCGCUGUCGAUCCCACUGAGUUCGCCUGCCUGAAGGCCAUCGUGCUGUUCAAGCCAGAGACUCGUGGUUUAAAAGAUCCAGAACAAGUGGAGAACCUGCAGGAUCAGUCCCAAGUGAUGCUGGGACAACACAUCCGCUCACACUACCCCAGUCAACCAGCCAGGUUUGGAAAGCUGCUUCUUCUUCUUCCCUCCCUGCGUUUUGUGAACUCGGAGCGGAUAGAGCUGCUGUUCUUCCACAGGACCAUCGGAAACACUCCCAUGGAGAAACUGUUGUGUGACAUGUUCAAAAACUAA